AUGGCUUCUAAAUUCAGCAGUGAUGAUAUAGUUCCUCACCAACGAUUCACUGAUGUCAAAUAUGAAAACAAUGAAUUUCUUCUACCAAUCGACGGUUACCAAAAGGUCGACUUAGUUUCAUUAGAUGAGGCAAUGAAACCAAUCGAAAACUAUGUCGAUCGAAACAUUCAGGAAAAAGUUUACAUUGCCAAAAAGCGGUGUAAGAAUCCAAAAGAUAAUUUGACUCAAGAUGAAUCAGCAUCCAUUCAAGUUUACACCAUGGAAUCAACAGAACAUGAACAGAGUUUGUACUACAAUUUGAACAAGACUUUACGAAAAGAAGAUCGACGCCAAUUGGUUCCAUAUUUUCCUUAUUUAAAAUUGAUUUUGACAGCAUUGUGGAAACUUCCCGCAUUUAAUGGGCGUGUAUGGCGCGGUGUAAAUGGCGAUCUGUCGAAGAAAUUCGAAGAGGGAGACAGUUUAGUAUGGUGGGGAUUUAGUAGUUGCACUCGUCACUUGAAUGUAUUAGAAUCGCAAGAAUUUCUUGGUAAAGAAGGAACACGAACUUUGUUCACUAUUGAAUGUUCAAAUGGGAAACUUAUUAAGGAUCACUCAUAUUUUGCGCAAGAAGAUGAAGUUUUAUUAUUACCUGGCGUCGAGCUGCGCGUGGCAGGAAAGGUUCGCCCAGCACCAGGACUUACCAUUAUCGAGUUGAAGGAAGUGACUGAAAGUCCUGUAGUUCUAUUAAAGCCACCCUUCACGCAUGAUAAUUCACAACGGCACAUUGAAAGUACUAGUUAUGCAUCAGAAGAAGUACAAAGACUUGUGCAACGGUUAAAAUCCAGUGACAAAGAAUUUGAGAAGGGAUGGUUUAGAUUGAAAACCGCGAAUUUAUCUCUUGCCGAUGGAAAAGCAAUAGCAAAAGCAUUAGAGACAAAUACGAAUGUUGAUAAGUUUUUAAUUGGAUCGCAGAAUAUUUCGAUGGAAUGUCUGGAGUAUUUGGUUGAUUCAAUGAAAAUAAACGCACGCAUUAAAUGUCUGUACUUUAUUGGAAAGGAUGACGAUGACAAUGAUGGUAGUUAUCUGGUGCCCGUAUGUACGCGCACACUUAUAAACACUCUGAAUAUCAACCAAACAAUUACUCGACUAGAAAUGAGUCGCACAACUAUAAAAGACCAUGACAUUAAAAUAAUAACCGAUAUGUUAAAGAGAAAUUCGCGUAUAGAUGAUUUACAUAUAAGUUACAAUCCCUAUCUUACUAUACAAAGUGCAUUGUACGUCAGUGAACUGCUUAAAGUUACGUCAACCAUUACUACGCUUAGUUUUUGUGGAAAACCGAACAUUAAUGAUGAAUGUGCGAUACUAAUUGCCUCUGCGCUGAAAAUCAAUUCAACUGUUGAAGAUUUAUCAAUGUUUCACAGCCAGAUCUCUGAUAGAGGUGCACAUGCACUUGGUGAAAUGUUAGCUCAAAAUCACACGCUAAGAAGUUUAGGUUUAAAUGCUAAUCAAAUAACCGAUGCAGGUGCUAAAGCUCUAGCAGAAGGGCUGAAGCGGAAUUCAACAUUAAAGUUUCUUCAUAUCCCAGACAACCAUUUCACGAAAGAGAGUUCUGGUGGGAAAGCUCUCAAGGCAGCAAUGAAUUCAAAACUAACAAUAUUUUUUGACUAUUAG